GCAGCUACCGCGUCGCGUGGCCUGUGGCAGCAGAUGACUGUGCUGUUCUGACGGGAGGUGGGAGCUUCCAUCUGACGUCGCUUCGGCCACAGCUGGCGUUGGAACACGAGCACUGACGCGUAGCGAGGCCUCGUCCGUUCCCGGCCGCCGGCGGAAUGCUGCUCGCAGCCACGGUCUUAGUGCUGACCUUUGAGGCCAGUGGCGGACAAGACCGGCCCGACUACUCAGACAUAUGGGGGCCGUAUUGUGAAAAUAGGUCCAGCUUAAGGCACUUGCAGUGCUGUCUGGAGAGGCAGGACGAGUGCAGUGUGCCCAUUCUCGGCACGCUCUGCUACUGUGACCAGUUCUGCGACCGCUCGCUCAGCGGCGACUGCUGUCCGGACUACUUCACCUUCUGUCUCGGAGAACCCAACCCGUACAUCAGCAACGCCACCUGUCUGCACCAGGGCCAAGAUAUUAGUUAUAACGAAACAGUAAAGGAUAACUGCAACACAUGCACGUGCACGGGUGCAGCCAGCAGUCCGGAGCUGCGCUGCGAGACGCACGUCUGCCUGGUGGAGCCGGAGCUGAUCGAGCGCACCAACGAGGCACAGCUCGGCUGGUCGGCCGCCAACUACAGCCACUUCUGGGGCAGGACACUGGCAGACGGAGCGCGCCUGCUGCUGGGCACUGAUCACCCGGGGGUGCUGGUGAACCGGACGUACCCAAUAGUGAAGGUCUUCGACCGGGCCUCGCUGCCGGGCUGGUGCGGCGCCUCCUGGGCUGUGGUCACCGCCUCGGCGGCCGCCGACCGCAUCUCGAUCCAGGCCGGCCUGGGUCGAAUUGACCUCAGCGCCCAGAACAUCAUCGACUGCGCACCGGAGACCGGCCGCGGCUGCCGCGGUGGCGCCCUCGAUGUCGCCUGGAACUACCUCAGGGAGAAACGGGUGAGCUCCAGCGCGUGCUACCCAUACCGGUCGGGCGCGGAUGGCGCGCCGGGCCUCUGCCUGGCGCCGGCCGGCGGCGGCCGGCUGUGCCAGGACGGCAGCCGCGUCAGCGACCAGCAGCUGCACGGCACCCAGCCCACGUACCGCAUCGCCAGCGACGAGGCCGACAUCCGACACGAAAUCUUCACCAACGGGCCGGUCCAGGCCAUCCUUCGCGUGCAGCCGGACCUGUUCCUGUACAAGUCGGGUGUGUACAGCACCAGCCCGGAGCCGACCGAUGAGGCGGCUUACCACUCGGUCCGCAUUCUCGGAUGGGGCGAGCAGCGCGGCCCAGCCGGCGACACGGUUCCAUUCUGGCUGGUGGCCAACUCGUGGGGCAGCAGCUGGGGCGAGCAGGGCCUGUUCCGCAUCCGACGCGGCACUAACGAAGCCGACAUCGAGACGUUCGUGGUCGCCGCCUGGGCGCAGACGGACCCGCCCUCGCAGCAGAAAGGGGGCGCGGCUGCCGCCGGCAGCUCCCGCUCAGCGCAGGAACUGUGACCGCGCCCGCUGACCUAUGCUGCAGCUGCCGAUGCUGCCGCUGGUGCGCCACGCCACGCCACGCCACGCCACGCCGUGGCCCAGCUGCGCGGGCGGGUACGGCUUGAUGUGAAACCGCAAACCAGCGACCAGUCACGAUGCGUCACGCGUCACGUCAGGCGUCAUGUGAGAAUGCGCGUGUGAGGAUACGAAAGGCAAACGAAAACUCAAAAUGUGAUGUGCUGAAAUGUAAAAUUAACGCGUGCUGACAGGCUCCGAACUUGGACACGUGCUUCGGGAGCGAGGGGUCGUGCUCCACCGUUGCGUUGGUGGGCGCGACAGCACCGAAAUUGGGUUGCGGUCAAAAGCAAGUGAUGCUUUUGCGCCCUGACUACAUCCUGCUCGUUGCCAUGGUGAGGACGGGAGCGUGUCGGCUGUGUAGAUGUCGAACGCAACGGACUGCGGACCAGAUAACAUACGUUCGCAAAUUGGAGGAUGGCUGGGGCGACUACCCUUUACUUUUUAGCGCGAUGCAGAGACAUGCAGUAAGACAUGGAUUAAAAAGGACCGCUCGCGCCCCAGCUCGGCGGCAACACCGGUGUCUCCGGUCAGCACGAAGCCGGGCUCAGUUCUGUCGGCUCAUGUCCUGCCACGUGAUGAGUCACACGGGACCGGUGGCAUUCGAAAUCGGACACGGCGGGCCGGCGGGUCGCGUUGCCUGUGUGACUGCCUGUAAUACGUGGUGUUAUGCUGGCCGCGCCAUCCCACGUGGGCGCUUUGAGACCCUGACUGGAUGUGCGCUGCGGUUGUGAACGGGUUUAAUGUUGUGACGCAGGCCAGGAGAUUUCACUGCCAACGCUUUCUGUCAAGCGUUCUCUGCGCCUGAGCGGCCGUUACACGCACACGCGGCUCCUCAUGCAACUGUGAUAGGCAUGAACGCGUUGAAUCACACGAACUGCGUACCACUGAACCAUGUGCCGCACUCCGGCACGCCCCCGACGGUCGGCGUGAUCGGGUUACAUUCGGGGCGGACCUGACAGCGCGGGACACCCCGGCGCCCCUCGACAGCCGCCAUGCGCCAGCACGGCGCUCGCGCCGGGCCGCGGCGGUUCCUGGACUGCCGCUGUAUGGAACCGGACCUGCGUCGUCACCGAGGAGUGCGGCGUGCGCCGGUGCGUGCCGAGAGCAGGGCGGAGUGGGCGCGGCUGACCUGCCAGAGUGAGCGACAUCGUAUUUGACUGCGUGCUUUGAUGUCCUGGCACCUUGUAUAUGAAACAUGGUGUGCUAGGUCAUAUUAAGGGACUGAACGCAAUAUAC